AACUAGUUCAUUUCUUUUUUAUUAUUCCAAGAGAGAGAGAGAGAGACUUGUAAUAUUUCUUCUCUCUCUUCUUCUUUCUAGUUUUCUCAUUCUGUGAAUCCGUAGCCGAGCUGUGGGUUCUGUGUCUCGCCGUUUCUCUUCCCUUUUGUACUUUCAACACAACCCUGAGCGGGGGAGCUGGCGGAGUACAACAUUGUGCAGAGACAUUCAGCUCCAGCUUGGUUUUUUAUAUUUCAUUUUUUGUAUUUUUGGGUUUGUAAACAGAGAAAUAGAAUUGGAGGAAGCUGAGGCAGGGUUUGUGUAAUGAAGUUCGCUUCUUUUUUUUUUUCUGAAAAAUAAAAAUUGGUGGAGUUGAAGUGAAUUCUUUUGAGCUUCGUGGAGACUCCCGCGUGGUUGUAUUGUUUCCUUAUGAGAGGGAGGAGUUCUGGUCAACAUGAUUGAUCAGUUCAUCAAUUUUGUCAUUCGCCCCCCCAGGGCAGAUUAUAGCCCAGAUCAGUAUUUAUGGGAAAGAGAUUUCACUCUUGCUGGGAGAUCAUACAAAAGACAGGACUUGGAGGCAACUUAGGAAUGUAAGGGGUCAUGUCUUGCAGUGUAGUCAUUAUAUGCCAUCAGUUUUCCCAGAAGAUACUCCUUUGCCUUGUGUCAUAUACUGCCAUGGAAACAGUGGAUGUAGGGCAGAUGCAAAUGAGGCUGCUGUCAUUCUUCUUCCAUCAAAUAUUACUGUUUUUACCCUUGACUUCUCUGGUUCGGGCUUGUCUGAUGGUGCAUAUGUUAGCCUUGGUUGGCAUGAGAAAGAUGACCUCAAAGUUGUGGUUUCAUACUUAAGAAGCAACAAACAAAUAUCACGUAUAGGUCUUUGGGGACGAUCUAUGGGUGCAGUCACUAGCCUUCUUUAUGGAGCAGAAGAUCCUUCAAUUGCUGGGAUGGUGUUGGAUAGUGCUUUUUCUGACCUAUUUAAUCUAAUGAUGGAACUCGUAGACGUAUACAAAAUCCGGGUCCCUAAAUUCACUGUUAAGAUGGCAGUGCAGUACAUGCGGCGGGCGAUUCAGAAGAAGGCAAAGUUUGAUAUUAUGGAUCUUAACUGCCUAAAGGUUGCACCCAAAACAUUCAUUCCUGUAUUAUUUGGGCAUGCUAAUGAGGACAAAUUCAUUCAACCCCACCACUCUGAUGAUAUCUUUAACUCCUAUGCAGGGGAUAAGAAUAUCAUAAAUUUUAAUGGUGACCACAACUCAUGUCGACCGCAAUUUUACUAUGAUUCAGUUUCCAUUUUUUUCUUCAAUGUCCUUCACCCUCCACAAAUCUCUUCUGCCCGUCCAAGCAAGGUUGAGAGAUAUUAUGAUCUGGGGGACUUAAAGGUUGGUGCUGGUAUGGAUGAGAGCCUGUUAUGUGAGAUCAUUACUGGUCUUCGCUCUGCAAGUAUGGACGCUGCAAGUUCUUCUACACAUCCAAUCAUUUUAGCCACAAAACCUGUGAAUGAACUUCUUUCUGAAGUUGUGCCAGUCACUAGUAUAGAUUCCUUGGUUAAUGAUGAUAAUGGCCUUGGUGAUGAGUCAUCAAGUUUGCAGGAUAAGCUGAAUGGCCAAAAUGAUGAAUGUGGUUCAUUGAGUAGCUCAAACAGGGAAAGUUGGGGAAGAUGCUCUUCAUUGGGAGGCAGUGAUGAAGAAUCUUCUGCAGACUGUGCAUCUGCUGACAGGAGACAUCAGGUGACUCUUGAGGCACUUGCAACACCUGUUAGAGGGAAACAAAAAAAAUCGUUAGCCUUGAAGGAGGAAAAGAAAAAGAAGAAAGCUGCAGCAGAUGGAAAAAAGCCUAUACGUGAAAAAUUUGAAAAGCUUGAGGCACUUGGCAAAAGACUUCGCCUUUGCUUAUUGCCAGGAGUAAAACAUCGGAGGCAUCUCUCUGAUUAACUUGUACCAUAGAAAGCUGUUUAUAACUCAUGUAAUGUUCCUUUUGUUUCAUAUUAACCCAUUCCACGGUUGAAAAGAGGAAUGAGUUUCUGGGUGCCGUUCUAUGUCAUCACGAGGCUUCACUGGCCAUGUAUGCGGUUUAUUUCUCUACGUGCACGUCAUUGCUGGACAUCAGGCACAAAAUUGUAAAAUUGCCUUAUUUUCCCAAGCCCUUUUUCAUAUUUCUACACCAAGUCCUUACCAUAUCUAAGUGAGAGUUGUAAUGAUGGGUGUAUGUACAUAUAUCUAAUCAUUUGACAUGCACAAGCAGCCAUGCAUGCGUCCAAUGAAGAUGAAACUCCAGUUGCAUCUUCCA